GACGCUGCAGUGCUUCUGUGUAUUAUGGGUCGGUAGUACAAUACAGCACACCACAGCACCGUAACCAGCCAGCAACACCACGAAAGAAAUCGAGCCCUAUCCUCCAUCACAGGUUAAAUACGCACCGUACGGUCCAACCGGCGACAACAAACCAAGAAACCCUCCGCCACGGCACGGCACGAUCCAACACGACCAUCGCAUCAUCCACAGCCGCGCCGGUCGUACGGUAUCGCAUUGCACCGUACCGAUUGGGUUUGGGUCGUCCUGUUCGUGCAAGACACAUCGCAUCCCAUCGCAUCGCAUCGCAUCGCAUCCAAUUCCGUCACAUCAGGAUGAACCAAGAACUCUAGGUCGUGGGGAGUUUUAGGAAGCAAACAGACAAGCAGACAGGAGGAACAGUCGGUGGUAAGUUACCUUGCUUCUCUGCGAGCACGAGCAGCAAUGUACGGAUUGUGUUGUGUUGCCCUCACUCACUCAUUGACUCAAACACUCACUCUGCGUGCUUGGCUUUGGUUUAUUCUCUCGGACUCUUGUUCUUUAUCUGGCUUUGAAUCGAAAAACGAAACACAAAACAAUACAACACAACGCACMAUGAUCACGUCGUUCACGAUCGCUGUCACAGCGGUUGCUCUCACCGAAUGGAAGAAGCUCGAAGGGAACGGCAAGAACACCACCCACCACCAGAAGGACAAGGUCAAGGACAAGGACACCGGCAAGCGCUACGGCAGCAUGCAGCGAAAAGCAAGCAAGGCCAAGAAGAAGGCGUCGCGCCCGGUGGCGGUGGCGUCGUCGUACUUUGUUGCCGGAGACAUUCUCUUCGAUCCGACCAAGACCAGGGCGAGCACAGCCAAUAACAAUGGCAAUGGCAAUGGCAAUGGCAAUGGCAAUGGCAGCGUCGGCCUUCCCAACGACGCGCAGACGCACCAGAAAGCGAGGAGGCGGUCGUCGUUUUCGUCCGUCAUGUCCGCGCUCGGAAGCGAAACCAAGAGGCUGUCCUGCAUGAAGAAACGGAGGGAGAAGCAAGCGAAACAUCACCAGGAAGGCAAGGACGAGGACAGGGGCAUUUGCAAUGGCAAUGUAGACAACGACAACGACAAGAAGGAGAAGAAGAAGACGCCGACGAAGGACAAGGACAAGGACAAGGACAAGAGGAAAAAGAAGAGGGAGAAGAAGACGGAAGAAAACAAGCCAAGGAUCUCCGAGAACGAGGGUGUGUCGUGCUCCUCCUCCUGUUCUUCUUCGUCCACUGCCGAAUUGCCUCAGGAUGCCCGGGUCCCGAAUCAGCAGCCGACCUUUGUGGUGUCGGAUCCCCACGGAUUGGUCUUUCACGACAAGGACAGGGACAAAGAGAAGGACAGGGACGAUCACGAAACCAAGAACAAGAGCAAGAAGAAGAAGAAGGAAAAGAAGAAAAAGAAAAAGACACCCAAGAAAAAGGACGGGAAGAGAACCCAACAGGGCACGAACGAGAAGACCGGACCGCCAGAGGAAGCGUCGGCGUGCGAGUCCCACAAGCAUUCCUGCUCGCAUUCCUGCUCGCAUUCUUGCUCUCACUCGCAACGGCGUUUGCCCUCGGACCCGAGCAGCCUCGGACUGGACGGGGCCGUCUCGCCGGCGGAUCUCGUGAGGCGCCUCCGCAGCAUCCGAUCGAUCCAUUCGACCAUGAGCGGAUCCCUGGCCCUCCACUCGCACCACGAGGGUUCCUUGUCCGUGUCCAGGACGGAUUCCAGGACGGGCCACAGCUACAACUACGGCUACAACCACAGCGGGACCGAAAGCAGAAGCAGCUGCAGCAGCAGUUGCGACAGCAGUUGCGACAGCAGCACCCAGAGCACGACCAGCCACCACAGCUUGGAGAACCGCGAGAACCACAACCUUUUCCCGGUCGCAACGAAGGAAGGAAUCUCGCAAGGAACCUCGGAAGGAACCUCCUCCUUGUCGUCUUUUCGCUCGCACCAGCAGCCCCUGCAAAUGUCCCAGAGCUCUCUCUUCUCGUCGCCCCCGCCCCUGCGCUUCCGGAGGGCCACGCGGCGUUCCUCCCUGGGCAGCAAGAGCAGCGCGACGAGAAUGACGGUGUGCUCUACCAUUGAGGAAACCUUCUCGCACGGACAGGAGGAGCGGCUGCCGAGGCCCGGCUCGCGUCGGUCCCUCACGCCCCCCAGGAGGCGUCGUUUCUCCCAUCCCCAGCAGCAACAGCAGCAACAACAACGACAGCAGCAACACCAACAGCAGCAUCAACAACAGCAGCAACAACAACGACAGCAACAGCAACAACACCCUUCGUGUUCUGUUCAGCGGCGCGGGUCCCUCACUCCCCCGAGGAAAUCCAGAGAGCUCUCGUGGAGGGACCACGAACGGAAAGCGGCAACGCACUCGCCCGGCUGUUCCAGCACCUCGGCGGAAACCCUGUCGCAGCCCUCGCUGAGGUCCCGGACGCCACCGAGGAGGCUGAGCGCGAGGUACUAGCCGCCAGCCGAAACAUAACAAAACGAAUCAGAUCGAAUCGAAUCGAAUCGAAUCGAACCGAAUCGAAGCAUUGCCGAAGUGCGAUGCGAUGCGAUGCAGGCAACCAACGGCUGGGUCUGCACCGAGCUUUGGAUACAUAAUUCAUGGUAUAGCAGCAACAAUUACUAGUAUUACUUAUUAUCAUUAUCA